GAUUCCCUUUGACAAGCAGACAUAACCAUGGGCUUAUUAGAGAAACCUAAGCAACAACAGAAACUCCAGGAGUUUCAAGCCAUUAUUUUGGCAGGUUACGGCAGUAGCAACAGAUUGUAUCCCAUUACCGAAGACGACAACAUUCCCAAAGCACUUUUGCCCGUGGCAAAUAAGCCUUUGAUAUCCUAUACCCUUGAUUGGCUUGAGAAAGCAGGAAUCACAGACGCAUUCGUAUUGACCCAGUCUAUGGGUAAUGCACAGCAAAAAAUUGCUGGUUACCUGGCUAGAGGAUAUCAGGGAAAUGUUCAUUGCAAUCUCAUUGGUGUGGAUGAAGAUUUCGGCACAGCAGACGCCAUUCGAAGCAUCAGCGACAGAAUCACUACUGAUUUCAUUGUCCUUCCGUGCGAUCUUCAUUGUGAAAUGAUUCCGCGCGAGUUUUUGGAUCAUCACCGCAUCAACAACCCAACUAUGACCGGCCUUUUUUAUGAACCACCGAAGGGAGAAAAGGGCUCUGGAAAGGAAGACGAGCUGGCGCAGUAUAUCGGUAUAGACACGGCUGAAUCAAGACUUGUCCAUAUUGCGGAUUGUGACUCAUCGGAGGACGGAGACUUGUCGCUGCGCAUGUCGCUGCUGUGGAGAUUUCCUCGCGUCAAAUUCCAUGUCAACUUGUUAGAUGCUCACGUAUACAUCUUCCAGCAUUGGGUGUUGGACCUUAUCAAGGCAAAGGAAAAAAUAUCGAGCAUAAGACAGGAUCUUGUUCCUUUGAUUGUAAAGUGCCAAUACCAGCGCAAACUUGUAGAAAACGAGGAUAUGGAUGCUGCCCUAGAAGACCCUUUAGAUACAGCUCUUUCACUAUCAACUGUGUACGAUGAAUUUGACGAAAACCUUUUGAACGAACACGAUCCUUACCGAUCCAACUUCAAGAGCAAUAUCAAGGUCAACACCGUUAUCUACCGUGAUGGCUAUUGCGGCCGUGCCAACACCAUUGCCAAAUACAGCGAGAUGAACAGAUUGGCCAGCAAGCAAGGAUUGUCAAUCAGACGAGUAGCCGAGACGGCAGAAGUAACUCAAAAGUCUCAAAUUGGUAACGAUUCCUUGGUUGGCGAGUACACUAAGAUUGCAGAGAAGUCAUCGGUCAAGCGAUCAAUUAUUGGAGCUCACUGCGUUAUUGGAAAGAAUGUCAAGAUAGCAAACUCUAUCAUCAUGGAUCACGUUGUCUUGGAAGACUUUGUCAAACUGGAUGGGUGUAUUGUAUGUAAUAACGCCAAGGUAUUGGAAGGCUCUUCUUUAACUAAAUGCGAGGUUGCUGGAGGUUAUAUUGUUGAACGAAAGACUGAGGAGAAUGGACAGAAGUUGGUCGGAUUCCGAGAGGCGAUAUAAUUGCUCAUAGACAUAUU